CAUAGGUUCUAAGACCAGGUCACCUUGCAAAGGAUGGACCCUGGAAAUAUCGAAGAUGAAAAUGGGCACUGGUGUCCACAGCAUCGCAGUAAAAAAUACCGACCCUCUCAGCUUGCCAAACUCAAUCCAAUUGAAAAGAGCCGUUAUCUUUACUACGAGAAACCAUCAAAAGAGAUGGUAAUAGCUAAGGAGGCAGCGUUAAAAAGAGUUAGGCUUGAAGUUCGACAACGUGAUGCCGAAGCAGAGAACACGCGGAUGAAGGAGGUCGAAAAGCAGCAGCAAGAGAAGCACAAUGAACUUAUAGGACAGCUCAAGGCAGCUGAGGCAAGAAACAGAAUACGACUCCUACGAAUCAGAUACAACAAUGUCAGGAACGGAGAGUUGGAACAGAUGAUAGCUUACCAGCCUACCUCUAUCCGAGCAGUGCGACUGCAGGCACUCGUGCCACAGAAAAAUAACUUCCUACUCAGCAAAACCGAUAAUAUGUUGAAAAACGACAGACACAGAAUUGAAGAGAUUAUCGAUGAUGAGGAAAUGGCGACUACUAAACGUGACCUCACUUGUAUCUAAGAUCGUCGUUUAAAGGGAAAAUGAAUGUUGAAACUGUUGAACGUUGAUAAGUCAUAAGACUGUAAAAUUUAUAUCGGUUAGAGAUUCAAAACCCAUUUAUCAAAAUAACCGAUUAUUUGAAUAUCGUAUGAGUUAAAAUCUAUUAAACAAAGCAUUGAGAUUAAUCGCCUAUAUAUCGCCUAAAAAUCUAUACGUUUAAAUGUUUUAUUGUUUAAAAAUCUUUGUGGCUGAACUAUCGGAUUUCAUACAUAAUGUAUUUGUUACAGUGGACAAAUUUAGUUUUUACAUAAAGAAGGUUGAUCUUUAAUCUGUUCAUUGUAUUUAAUUGUCUUAAUUAAUUAUCAGCCAAAUA